UCUUCUCUCUUGCCAGACGUCCGCCGGCUUCUGCUUACUGCUAGCCUUGAUGUCUCUGGCUCAGGUCUCCCACGGCCAAGGAGCAACCUGCCGCCACGAGUGCAUCAAGUUGCAGGACUGUCCCUCGUUGGCACAGCUCCUGACGAACCCGAGUGCCAGUGACAUUAAGACCCUGCAGGAGGCCACUUGCACCGUCGGGAGUUCGGGAUUGGACCCACUGGUAUGCUGUGAUGACGCUGCACCGACCCGACCUCGCCCUGCCCCCCUGACCCAGCCUUUGACCUCCCCUGACCCUGUCAUACGUCAAGCCGAGUGCGGACAAACUUUCCCGCUGGCGAUCGUGGGCGGAGAAACAGCUGCGUUUGAGUCCGAGAUAUGGCUGGCUUUGUUAGGAUAUAGAGACUCCUCGAGCGAAGAUAUACAGUUCCUAUGCGCCGGGUCCCUCAUCAACGAGAGAUACUUAGUCACAGCCGCCCAUUGCGUCAACCCAGCUUUACUUAAGCCUAAGCAGUUUAAGCUAGAAGUGAUCCGCGUUGGCGAAAAGGACUUGCAAUCUGACACCAAUUGCAACGAAACCCCGAGGCCAAGAUGCAUCCCUCCUUCUCAAGACUUCAUACCCGAAGACAUCAUUCAACAUCCGGAUUACGACAGCAAGACGUUCGCCAAUGACAUCGCGAUCAUUCGACUCAGUUCGCCGAUUGACUUCAUCACCUUUGAAGAGUACGCUGGGCCCGUCUGCCUCCCGCCCAGAAGUGAAUCGGCGGAGCUACUGGCGAAUCGUGGGUUAUUUUCCGUGGAUUGGGGCCUGACACGCACGCCCUCGCAGUUUUUGAAUCGUUACGAUGUAGCUCUCGUCGACACUAACGAUUGCAAUACGACAUAUAAUGGCCGAUUAACUGCUGGCCAGAUUUGCGUCCGCCCGAUGAACACAGAUGCCUGUAGCGGUGACGGAGGCUCUCCCCUGACAGCCACGAGUCCGAAUAGCAACGCGUGGCAGCUUCUCGGCGUCCAGACCAUAGGCGUUGGCUGUGGCCUCUCGGACCUCCCGACUGUGUACACUUCGGUCAGUUACCACAGAGACUGGAUCGAGCAGAAUAUUAGACCUUAGUAGUAGAAAAGUAUAAAAAUAAAGAGUAUAAAGUAAGCGGUAUGUGUAAGAGAAACUUUAAGAGAAUUGAAGAGAUUGGGCUAUUAUUAAAGUUGUAUUUCUA